AUGGACGCAGCGUCCGGGUUCAGAAUGAGGGGGGAGGGCGGGGCCAAGGUGCUGAACGCCAGCCUCCUGGAGGGGGAGGUGCUGUCCCUGGAGGACACCGGGGGCCCGGGGCCCUCCCUCCUGGCCAACGAGUCGGUGCUGAUGCGGGGCCUGGUGGUGCGCAGCCACAGCAACCAGAUCUCCAUCAGUUUCCGUAGCGACCGCGGCCAGGGACGCUCCGGCUUCGUCAUCCUGCACUACCAAGCCUUCGUGCUGAGCUGUGCGUUCCCCCGGCGGCCAGCGGGGGGCGAUGUAUCGGUGUCCCGUCUGCAGGCCGGCGGAGAGGCCUUCUUCGUCUGCUCCAGCGGCUACCGGCUGCAGGGGCCGGAGGUCCUGACCUGCCGCAACGCCACCACGCCCUACUGGAGCGGAAAGGAGCCCACCUGCAUCGUGUCUUGCGGGGGGAUGAUGAAGAACGCGACCCACGGCCGCAUCGUGUCUCCUGGUUUCCCGGGCAACUACAGCAACAACCUGACGUGUCACUGGGUGCUGGAGGCCCCUGCGGACCAGCGGCUCCACGUGCACUUUGAGAAGGUGGCCCUGGCCGAGGACGACGACCGGCUGCUGAUAAAGAACGGGAACAACAUCGACUCCCCGCCGGUGUACGACUCCUACGAGGUGGAGUACCUCCCCAACGAGGGCGUCCUGAGCACGGGGCGACACCUCUUCGUGGAGUUCACCACCGACGGCACGCUCACGUCCACCGGGGCGGCCAUCAGAUACGAAGCGUUCGCUAAGGGCACGUGCUACGAGCCCUUCGUGAAGUACGGUAACUUCAGCAGCAGCGACUCUGGCUACGGCGUGGGGGCGGUGGUGGAGUUCUCCUGUAACCCGGGCUACACCCUGGAGCAGGGCUCCGUGGUCAUCGAGUGCGUGGACGCCCAGAACCCCCAGUGGAACGACACCGAGCCCGCCUGCCGAGCCGUGUGCAGCGGGGAGAUGACCGACUCGGCCGGGGUGGUGCUGUCCCCCAACUGGCCCGAGGUCUACGACAAGGGGCAGGACUGCAUCUGGGGGGUCCACGUCGAAGAGGACAAGAGGAUCAUGCUGGAUGUCCAAGUGUAAGUCAAUAUCGGGCGGGGUCUCUCUCCAUGUCGCUAAAUGUCUCUCUCUCUCUGUCGCUCUCUUUCUCUCUAAGUCUCUC